CCCGCACCAUGCGAAGCGCCCGGGCGCUGCUGUUCGCUCUCGCCCUGCGGGUUUACGCCCUGGACACCGAGACACCCGCCGGCGGCUGCACCUUCGAGGAGGACGGCGCGGCGGCGCAGUGCGAGUACGGGCAGGGCCAGGACGAUGACUUCAGCUGGGAGCUGUUCCGCAGCCACGCGGCACCGCACCUGCCCGAGCUGCCCCACGGCUCCUACCUGAUGGUGAACUCCUCGCAGCACGCCCCGGGCCAGAAAGCUCACCUGCUCUUCCAGGCGCUGAGCGAGAAUGACACCCACUGCCUCCAGUUCAGCUACUUCAUGUACAGCCGGGACGGCCACAGCCCCGGCACCCUGCGCGCCUAUGUGCGGGUGACGGGCGCCCCGGCGGGCAGCGCCGUCUGGAACGCCUCCGGCUCCCACGGCCGCCAGUGGCACCAGGCUGAGCUGGCCGUCAGCUUGUUCUGGCCCAACGAGUACCAGGUCCUCUUCGAGGCGGUGGUCUCCAGCGAGCGCCGGGGCUACCUCGGCUUGGACGACAUUUUGCUCUUGAACUAUCCGUGCUCCAAAGCUCCUCAUUUCUCCCGCCUGGGUGAUGUGGAGGUCAACGCGGGGCAGAACGCCACCUUCCAGUGCGUGGCCGCCGGCAAGGCCGCCGAGGCCGAGCGCUUCCUCAUGCAGAGGCUGAGUGGUGAGAUGGUCCCUGCCACCUCCGUGAAGCACAUCAGCCACCGGCGCUUCCUGGCCACCUUCCAGCUGGAGCAGGUGUCCAAGGAGCAGCAGGACCUGUACCGCUGCAUCACCCAGUCCAGCCGUGGCUCGGGGGUCUCCAACUUUGCAGAGCUCAUCGUGAAAGAGCCCCCCACACCCAUUGCACCCCCCCAGCUGCUCCGGGCUGGCUCCACCUACCUCAUCAUCCAGCUCAACACCAACUCCAUCAUCGGGGACGGCCCCAUUGUGCGCAAGGAGAUCGAGUACCGCAUGACCUCGGGGCCCUGGUCGGAGGUCCAUGCUGUCAACAUGCAGACCUACAAGCUCUGGCACUUGGAUCCAGACACGGAAUAUGAGAUCAGUGUCCUGCUCACCCGCCCUGGCGAGGGGGGCACUGGCAAACCAGGACCACCCCUCAUCAGCCGCACCAAGUGUGCAGAGCCCAUGCGGGCCCCCAAAGGCUUGGCUUUCUCCGAAAUCCAGUCCAGGCAGCUGACCUUGCAGUGGGAGCCACUGGGCUACAACCUGACCCGCUGUCACACCUACACCGUCUCGCUCUGCUACCGCUAUUCCGUGGGCUCCGGCCACAACCAGACCUUCCGGGAGUGCGUGAAGAUGGAGCGCAACGCCAACCGCUACACCAUCAAAAACCUGCUGCCCUACAAGAACAUCCACGUCAAGCUCAUCCUCUCCAACCCCGAGGGUCGCAAGGAGGGCAAGGAGGUGAUAUUCCAGACAGAUGAGGAUGUGCCUGGUGGCAUUGCCUCGGAGUCCCUCACCUUCACCCCACUGGAGGACAUGAUAUUUCUGAAGUGGGAGGAACCAGUGGAGCCCAACGGCCUCAUCACGCAGUACGAGAUCAGCUACCAGAGCAUCGAGUCCUCCGACCCAGCGGUCAACGUGCCCGGCCCGCGACGCACCGUCUCCAAACUGCGCAACGAGACCUACCACGUCUUCUCCAACCUCCACCCUGGCACCACCUACCUCUUCUCAGUCCGGGCCCGCACUGGCAAGGGCUUUGGCCAGACAGCACUCACUGAGAUCACCACCAACAUCUCUGCUCCCACCUUCGACUACGGGGACAUGCCAUCGCCGCUGGGCGAGUCGGAGAGCACCAUCACGGUGCUGCUGCGGCCGGCGCAGGGCAGGGGGGCUCCCAUCAGCACUUACCAGGUCAUCGUGGAAGAAGAGCGGCCCAAGAAGCUGAAGCGGGAGCUGGGAGGACCCGAGUGCUUCCCGGUGCCGCUCACCUUCGACGACGCCGUGUCCCGUGGCUCUGUCCACUACUUUGGGGCUGAGCUGCCUGCCAGCAGCCUCACUGAAGCCAAACCCUUCACUGUGGGGGACAACCAGACCUACAGUGGCUACUGGAACCCACCGCUGGAGCCCAAGAAGGCCUAUCUCAUCUACUUCCAAGCCAUGAGCAACCUCAAAGGGGAAACACGGCUGAACUGUGUCCGGAUCGCCCGCAAAGCUGCCUGCAAAGAGAGCAAACGUCCCCUGGAGGUGUCACAGCACUCGGAGGAGAUGGGCCUGAUCCUGGGGAUCUGUGCUGGAGGGCUCAUUGUCCUGAUCAUCCUCCUGGGAGCCAUCAUCGUCGUCAUUCGGAAAGGGAGGAACUACUAUUCUUAUUCCUAUUACCCCAAACCUGUCAGCAUGACCAAAGCCACCAUUAACUACCGGCACGAGAAGACCCACAUGAUGAGUGCCAUCGACAGGAGCUUCACUGACCAGAGCACCCUGCAGGAGGACGAGCGCCUGGGGCUCUCCUUCAUGGACACCCACAACUACAGCAACCGGGGUGACCAGCGCAGCAGUGUGGUCAAUGAGUCCAGCAGCCUGCUGGGGGGCUCCCCCCGCCGCCAGUGCGGCCGCAAAGGGUCCCCGUACCACACGGGGCAGCUCCAUCCCGCCGUGCGGGUGGCUGAUCUCCUCCAGCACAUCAACCAGAUGAAGACAGCUGAAGGCUAUGGCUUCAAGCAGGAGUACGAGAGCUUCUUUGAAGGCUGGGAUGCUUCCAAGAAGAAAGACAAGACCAAAGGGAGACAGGAUCAUGUAUCGACAUACGACCGUCACCGUGUGAAGCUGCACCCGCUGCUGGGAGACCCCAACUCUGAUUACAUCAACGCCAACUACAUCGAUAUUCGGAUUAACCGAGAAGGCUACCACAGGUCCAACCACUUCAUAGCCACCCAAGGGCCCAAGCAGGAGAUGGUGUACGACUUCUGGCGCAUGGUGUGGCAGGAGCACUGCUCCAGCAUCGUGAUGAUCACCAAGCUGGUGGAGGUGGGCCGGGUGAAAUGCUCCAAAUAUUGGCCAGAUGACUCCGAGAUGUAUGGGGACAUCAAAAUCACCCUGGUGAAGUCGGAGACAUUGGCUGAGUACGCCGUCCGCACCUUCGCUCUCGAGAGGAGGGGCUACUCGGCCCGGCACGAGGUGAAGCAGUUCCACUUCACGUCGUGGCCUGAGCACGGCGUCCCGUACCACGCCACGGGGCUGCUGGCCUUCAUCCGCAGGGUCAAGGCCUCCACGCCGCCCGACGCCGGCCCCAUCGUCAUCCACUGCAGUGCUGGCACGGGGAGAACUGGCUGCUACAUUGUCCUGGAUGUUAUGUUGGACAUGGCUGAGUGCGAGGGCGUCGUGGACAUCUACAACUGUGUGAAGACCCUGUGCUCAAGGAGGAUCAACAUGAUACAGACUGAGGAGCAGUAUGUCUUCAUCCACGAUGCCAUCCUGGAAGCCUGUCUGUGUGGGGAGACCAGCAUCCCUGCCAGUGAGUUCAAGCCCACCUACAAGGAGAUGGUGAGGAUUGAGCCGCAGAGCAACUCCUCGCAGCUGCGGGAGGAGUUUCAGACCCUGAACUCGGUGACUCCCCACCUGGAUGUGGAGGAGUGCAGCAUCGCCCUCCUGCCCCGCAACCGGGAGAGGAACCGCAGCAUGGACGUCCUGCCGCCCGACCGAUGCCUUCCCUUCCUCAUCUCCGUGGAUGGAGACAGCAACAACUACAUCAAUGCUGCCUUAACUGAUAGCUACACCAGGAGUGCUGCCUUCAUUGUCACCCUGCACCCCCUGCAGAACACAACCACCGACUUCUGGCGGUUGGUGUACGACUAUGGCUGCACCUCCAUCGUCAUGCUCAACCAGCUCAACCAGUCCAACUCUGCCUGGCCCUGCCUGCAGUACUGGCCUGAGCCAGGGCUCCAGCAGUACGGCCCCAUGGAGGUGGAGUACGUUUCCGGAGCGGCAGACGAGGACAUCGUGUCCCGUCUCUUCCGAGUCCAGAACAUCACACGGUUGCAGGAGGGGCACCUGAUGGUCCGGCACUUCCAGUACCUGCGGUGGUCGGCUUAUCGAGACACCCCAGACUCCAAGAAAUCCUUCCUGCACCUCCUGGCCCAAGUGGAGAGAUGGCAGAAGGAGAGUGGUGAUGGCAGGACCGUGGUGCACUGCCUGAAUGGAGGUGGCCGUAGUGGCACCUUCUGUGCCUCCACCAUGAUCCUGGAGAUGCUCAAGUGUCACAACAUGGCAGAUGUUUUCUAUGCUGCAAAGACCCUGCGCAACUACAAGCCAAAUAUGGUAGAGACCUUGGAGCAGUAUCAUUUCUGCUACGACAUAGCACUGGAAUAUCUGGAGUCCCUGGAGACCAGAUAGCACCUCGCCAGGAGAGCUCCCCAAGGGCUGGUGCCAGCGGCGCCUUUGGCGCUCGGGUGAUGCUUGAGGAGGGGACACAGUGAAGGACCCCCCAGGAAACAUCAGGUCAAGGCAAACAAAAGGACGUGGGGAUGUGUUGGCUGCUCCCCCAUCUUCACCCUCCACUCCCCAUCUUCCCUUCCCACCCCAGGCGUGGCCCAGCAACUCGUCCUGUCCCUGCGUCGCUUUGAGUCGUGGUCGUGGGGUCGGUGUGAGCAGGAUGUGGCCCCGUGGUGCUGCCUGGGCAGCUGGAGAGGAGGCCAGGGAGGGGAGGAGGUGGACAGAAGGAGUCGAGGCCACUUCCCAGCAGAGAAGGAUGGAUAUUUGGAGAAGAGACGUGGCUUUUAAAAUUGUGUGCAGAGUCAAAGCUGCUCUUCCGAGGAGCCCAGCCGGCGGCCGGCAGGUUUUGCCUGUGGUGGGGACAGUCUCUGAGCUGGAGCAAAGGUCCUGAGAAGAGUUCUUCAGUUUCUGCCUGUUCCCACCAUGAGUUUGAUCUUCACUGUUUUGAGUUCUGUGAGUUGUGACCCUUUGUACAUCCAGCCCUGGACAGAGUGGGGACCUGGGAUGGUGGUGGGCUGCAGAGGGCACGUGAUGUCCCUCUGCAGGGACCAGCCCAGACCUCUCCUGGCACCCUUACCAAGCUUUUCAAGUGAUGGUUCCCCUGCAUCUCCACAGCAUCUUCUCCAUCUGUAGUAAUGCUGUCCUCCUGGGCUGACCCACAGGCACCAGCCCCCAGGGCUGUUUUUACCCUUCCCCUUGUGAAUCGCUCCACAUGAGACACCUUUGGUGCCCAGAAGCAAAUCCUCACAUUUUGGGUCCAUCAUUUGUGCCCCCUGGAAGGCUCCCCCAGGAGCCCAUCAGUGCAUCUUGAUGUUUGCUGGGGUUGGUGGAGCAGGAUGGCUGGGGUUGGUGUUGGUGUGGGGUGGGCUGUGCUGAAGACCUGAGCUCUGGCAGUGCUCUGAGGCUGGGCACGGGGAGGUCCCCACAGCCCUGGUGCCACUUGGGGACAAGUGUGGGGGGUUGGUGCCUGAUACUUUGAUCCUGCUCUGGCUGGUGGUGAGAUGUCACUUUUUCUGUCUGAUGUUGUGGUAAUUCCAGGGGUUUCUGCCUACAGGGGAGAGCCUGGCUGUGAUCAAGCCAUGGUCAGGGUUUGCUCUCCCUGCAAAUGACCUUGAGAAGGUGCAGUCACAGGGAUGAUGGGUCUGGGGUCUGCCCUGGGGACUUGAGGAACUGAGGGGAGUUUGCUUCUGUCUUCAGGGCCAGGCAGAACCCUUCACAGUCAUUGUUUGGGGGCGUGGAGCAGGACAGAUGAGAAACUGUCCUCCUUGUGCUGGAGGUUGCAUGUGGGCAGCCCUGUCCUUUGUCCCCUCCCAUCCCUCAUCCCCUCCUUUGUCCUCUUCAGCCCCAUCUCCCCCUGGCAGGGGCAGCUUCCCCUCCUUGCCUGUUCAGAGACUGGGGAUGUCUCUCCCAUACCAGAACUCAGAGCUUUGGUAGAUCCAUUUGGCUGAACCCACCUGCAGCACCAAGGCCCCAGAGCCCAAAGGGCUGAGCCCUGGAUGAGCAAACCCAGGAGGUGUUUCCACCCACCUUCCAAGGGUGGAGGAAAGCAACAAGAUCAACCUCUGCCCUUUCUUCCCCUGGGGAGAUGUCCCACCCGCUGCCUUCCAGGCUCCUGAGGGUGGUGAUGGGGAUCUCAGCAGCCUCAGAAGGUUUUGCCCAGACCUUUGGCUUUCCCAAGUGCUCACUGAAUAAUUCUUAUUUGAGAAGAAGUCAUUCCAAGGGCUACACAACGUUAUUCCCCCUCGUUUCCAUCCCUGCUCUCUAACCCUGCUGUGUGCCCAUGCUGUCUCAUGACCCAAGUAGUCUUUUUACUCCACCAGAGUCUCCAAAACAGUCCAGUUACACCAGUACCUGUUACCAUCAAUACUCCCACCUCAAGUCUUGACGUGGAAUAAAUUAGUGUCCCUCUCCCAAUCCCCAUCUGUCUGUAGACGUGUCCAAGGAUGUCCCAGGGAAAGGGGCCUUGUGGUGGGUGCAGAGAAGUCCCAGAGUGUGGCAGAUGUUUGGUAUGAAAAUGGCUGAGCUGAACCUCUGAAAUUCCCCAGGGAUAGGAUGGUGGUGGUGUCAUUCAGCCCCAGUGCUGGAGGGAUGAAGCUGCUUCAUCCCAAACCUUCCAGGAGCCUGGGCCACCUGUGUCCAUCCUCUCUGUGCUCCGGAGGAGGGAGCAUCUCCCAGUGCUUCACAGGUGAAGUGUUGCUAGGAAGUAAGAAAGAAAAAGGACAAGUGAAACCCCAUUGGAUCCUGAGGAGGCACAGAGCCUGCAGGAGGUGUAUAUAUAUGUUUUGAAAGUGAGAGCUUUUCUUUUUUUAUAUCUCCUUGCUGGAUGUCUCUGGGUUUUUAGGGCAUCUCUUCUGAAGGGCAGACUUGGAAAUCAAAGUGCUAUAAAAACCAACCCCUCUCCAGCUCCUCCUGAGAUGCUCGUGUGACAUGAGGCAAGGACAUCCUGUACAUAGAAAUAUAUAUAGAAAUAUAUAUAUAAAAAUAUAAAUACUGUUCUUAAGAUGGAUAAUGUUUAUUGGUAUUACAGGUUGGAGUGGUGCUUUUUUUUUUUCUUUUUAAUAAAAAGAAAACAACAACAACAACAAAAGGAAGAAAGAAUUAAAACCCAAGAGAAAAAAAACCCACCAGAUUGGGAACAGUUUUGUCUAUAUGCAGAGAAAGUUACUCCCAAAAUCUGGCAGCAUCCAAGUGCUGCUGCCACUUGGUGCCAUGAGGUACCACGAGAUGUGGUGGGACCAAGGAAGGGUUGGGGAAGGAGGAGCAGGUCAGAUAUGGGUUGUACCACACACAUCCAGCUGUUGUGAAAUUAUUAUUAUUUUUUAAUUAUGAUUCUUUUUGGCUUUCUUUCCUUUGAAGAAAAUCAGUUGCAUAAAUAAAUGUUCUAAAUUUGUAA